AAUGACACAGUUUGAAAAUCAAGAUUACGAGUUUGCUGAUAUUAUCGAAAAAUGGUUCAACGACACUAUCAAUGCAAUCAACAGACGACAUAGGCCAUGUUCUUUGUUACUGGUCGGUGAAAAUCACGAAAGUAUGCUAAAUUGGGCUCGUAAUCUGGGACGUCAUAUCUUUUGGCAAGGCAGAAAAGAUCUCCGACAAUGGGAUCCAGAAGCCUAUUAUAUUAUUUUGGACAGUAUUGAAUGGAAUGAUAAAAAAGUCAGGGAGUUUAAACCUUAUAUUAAAUGUGAAUGGCAAUUUGGUGAUUGUGAUAGAUACAAGUGUAAAGUUGCUCAAUAUUAUGGUCCAAAGGCAUGUAUUAUUUUAACUAAUCAUUUUUACGAUCCGAUUAAGAGGAUUAAAGAUAAUAUUCUUUUAGAUACUAUUAAGCGUAACGUUGUUAGGAUAAUAAAAUCUUCUGAAAGGGAAGGUCUUCACCCAAAGAGAAUUCAAGGAAGUCUGUUAAUACAAUUGGAACUGUUUUGGGAACCACCUGAAGAACCACCUGAAGAACCGCCCGACGAACCGCCCGAAGAACCAUCCGAAGAACCGCCCGAAGAACCGCCCGAAGUACCAUUCGAAGUACUACUAGAAACUGAGAUUCCUAAUUUGGCGCAAUCACCUUUUAUGUCUGUAGCAAAAGAUCGAGUUUGA